UGGUCCCAUUGGUCUGCAAAAGGAGGAGCUGUAGAUAAUGGAGGUGGAUGAGAGACUUAGGUGGCUUGAGUCGCGUGUAAAUUCCUCUCUUCGUCCAAAAGGCGAGAAGUUGAGGACUUUCUUUGCAGACAGUGAUAACAGGUUAAGGUUUCUUGAUUUCUGUAAUAACAGUGAGACACGUCAUCUUUUCGUCCACCUCCCCACCGAGUCAGAGGAAAGUACAGGUGCAUGUACUCUCCGAGUAUCGCCACACCCUCCAGACUCCAUUCACACUAAAGCGCUGUUCUUCAUAAAGAACACUCACACCUCGCGUCUCAAUAAAGAAACUAUAGGGAACGAGGUUGUAUGCAGCGAGUGCUCAGAGGAUCCAAUUGAGCAUCUUGAGCUGGUACUGAGGGAGGUGUAUCUUCCAUUACUGGCAGAGCAGAAGGAAGGAGCUGCUGCUUCAUCUGCUGCUUCUGCUCAAGGAAUAUCACCAGAAAGAAUAAUGGACAUAUUGCACAGAAUGAUCAGUAAUAUACAGGUCACUCAGGGCCAUCUUUCUGGUGAUUUGGUCUUACCCAUACCAUCACUUGAUAUACUGGUAGAAGGAGCUGCUAGUAGCAAUAAUGAAAGAAGAGCUGUUGUGGUACACAUCAUGGAGUCGUGCGUAAUCUCCUGGAUGAAACAAGUCAAAAUGGCUAUGCAUUUCGAUCCUAAUGGCGCCAUUGCAAAGUCAAAUGGUAAAAUGGCUGGCCCUAUCGCUGAAAUUAAAUAUUGGGAGAACAGAUAUCAGCAAUUGCUAUUAGUUCGUAAUCAGUUAAACUCAGUUGAAGUGUUACGCAUUCUUAACGGACUGGAACAUGCAAGAUCAACUUAUGCUGAUGCAUUCAUUGAUGUACAUAGGGACAUGGAAAAGUCAAUCAUUGAUACUGAGCUGUCCUUAAUGUACAUCAGUACAUUAAAGCCAUUGUUCCUAAAGUUAGAAGGAGCAUUCUCUCCAGACACACUAACUGAUCUGUUUCCAUCACUGGUGACAACGCUAUCUCUAGUUUGGCAACACUCAAAGGUUUAUGCUCAGAGUGCUCACUUCAGUCGUCUUCUGCGACUAAUAUCUAACAAGCUAGCAUUGAAAGCUAAGGAUAUAGUAGGAGUGGAUCCUCUGGAGAACCCAAUAGAGUCCUGCGUCUGCAUUAGACAAGCAUUGAGGAUAUGCUCUGCAUUCAGAGGAUAUUAUUUGGACAGGAGGGACGUAGCUGAGAGAGUGAUCGGACAGAAUAAGGACAGGCUGAACCAGAUACAGCAAGAGUCAAUUCAUCAAACACGUAGCAAAGAGAGUACAUGUACUUUUGAUCAGGACUCUGCAGUUGGUGAUUCCAGUAUUGUUAGUUUCUCUAGACAAGGACAUCAUUCAAUAGACUAUCCCUUGUGUUCAUGGCCGCCACGCAAUUCUCCAGUGUUCACUAGUCUUAACAGUACACUGGAGAGAUGCAACGAUCUACUGGAACUGGUACAAACCAUGGAGCACUUCAGUGAGUUGGCGCUAGUUGCUGCUCAGGGAAGCAGUGAGGGUAAAGAUCCAAUACUGAUUGAUGUGUAUCAUCAGUUUCAAGUAACACUGGACCACUUUAGGAAGUCAACUAAAGAUCUUAUGAGUCUUGAAGAGGUUGGAUUUGAGAAGAGUUUCUUUGUAUUUAGAUCAUCAGUAAAAGAGUUGGAGGGUCGGUUGUCUCAAGUCCUGUUCUGCUAUUUUGAUGAUUGUUUGUUGUUGGAGCCAUCACUAAGACUACUGGAAUCAUUUCAAGGACUUAUAUCAAGAGAAAGCAUUCAAUCUGUACUGAGUCCUAAGCUUGAGGCAAUCAUUGAUACCAUUCAAGCUGACGUCACUCAAAUAAAAGAUUGCAUGACGUCUUUUGUCACCGAUCCUCCCCUCAUUCCCAACACUCCAGCCACGCCCUCAAAGUUGCUAUGGUUACGGGCUCUGAGGGAGCGUAUGGACGUCCCAAUAGAGAGAGUAAGAGAAGCUGCUCCGUAUCUACUGCAUGGAGAGAAAGGAUUCCUGCUGAGACACGCUCAUAGUAAAAUAAUAAAAGCAAUAGAACAGCAAUGGAACAGUGUUGUGUCUUCAUGGAAGAAAUCAAUACCAGAAAGCAUUGACAAUGCACUAUUAUGCACCUUAUUGAAACAAGAUAAAUCAUCUGGUGAGCUUCAAGUCAACUUCAGCCUAUCACUGGAGAAAGUAUUAAGAGAGCUCCACUAUAUGAGGGGGCCAUUGCUAUCAGUCCCUGUACCUCAAGUAAUAAAUUCUCUAUCAGUGACACUCUCACCACACACUCUCCACCAGUACAGGGUUAGCCUUGAGGUCUACAUGAGGCAGUACAACUCAAUGCAGGAGACGCUCGACACUGUUCAUAAAGGACUCUUCCAGCAAAAACUGUCACUACUUGAUAAAUUGUUAGAGGAAGGAUUGGGUCAAUUGAACUGGCUCAGUGUUGAAGUCCCUGAUUUCUUAGCUAAACUGAAGGCCAGCCUACAGACUGAUCUCCUCCCUGCUGUCCAGUGUGUUCUUCAACAAACCGACAGGAUUAGAAGUAUCACUGGAUCAUGGACCGACCUAGUGACACUGGACAUGUUUAGAGACACUGAGAGAAGCAGCCUUGAUCUAUUAGCUAAUAUGUACAGUGAAUUGGUUGAGAUAGCAAAGAGAGUCCUAUGCUCCUCUAUGAUACAGAUUGAAGGAUUAUUUAAGAAGGCAUAUCAACGUGUUGAGGUUAGCUGGGAUUCCCCUGCAUGGUCUGGCUAUCUGUAUUAUCUUGAUUGUUUGGUUGUGAAAGGACUAAAGCAAAUGAUCCUUCAUUCAAUGAAUACACUGAUAUCAAGGGCACAGAAAUAUGAACAAGGUGGUUCCAUUCCUCCAAUGGUUACUGUAUCUUUGGAAUUAUACGAGAAGGACAUAGAGUUCUCUCCUCCUCUUUCCGCUCGCUCCUCUCUCCCCUCUGUCCCAGAGAGGAUCAAACAAUACCUUGAAGGGUUUGUGUCCCUUAGUAAGAGCCUACACUCAAGAUUAUACCCACUAUCAACUGAGAGUUAUUAUCAGCUGAUGAGUUCUGAUCCUGAGGUAUUGGGUAACUUGCAAAAGAUAACAGCUCAUGUAGAGACCAGUGCUAGACAGUGCCAGUCUCUUCGUAAAAGGUUCUCUCAGUACAGCUUCCUAUGGGAGCAAGACGUCCUGGCAACGUUUGACGAUUUUAUUAAUGGGGUGGGGCAACCACACCCACGGAGAUUCACACGUCCGGAGACUGUGAAUAGAUCAAGAUCUGCUAGUGCUAGAUCAAGAGGUCAUUCUGCUGCUCCACCUCCUAUGUCCAGUCAAACAGCAAGCAGUGUACUGGAGUCAGUCACUGGUCAUUCCGAUUGGGAGUUCCUCAAACCGGACAGACAGUAUUCUGCUCCACCUUCUUCUUCUCCUUCUAAUACUCCUCCGUCCACGUCUCGGUCUUCCUCGAGCUCAGAGACAGGACUCAUUAAAGAUGGGAGGAGACCAAGACACCCUACACUGGAGGACUUUGAUGGAGAGAUUGCUGUAUUCCAGGGUGUGUUGGAGAGGUUAUCUAGUAGUAUUGACACUGUUGAUGUUGGUUGGAUCUGUGUUGAUCAGCGUGCUGUGAAGAAUGCACUGACUUCACUAGCUAAGAAAUGGACCUACAUCUAUGCUAACUACCUUGAGAAAAAAGUAUUGCUUGUACUGAGAGAGCUGGAGGUGUUCUUUACUGAAAUAGAGCCACAGGUCGAAGCAAUCAGUGGAGACACUGUUGAUCCUGAUCAUAUCAUGACACUAGUAACAAUAUUUAACAAAGUUAAUCUCCAGCAGUUAGUGAUGGAUGGUAAGUUUGGUGCAGUUCAUAGAGCAGUCUCAAUAUUGGACAAGUUUCAUCAGACACUCCCAGCUCAAACCAGAGACCACUUUGAAGGAAUACCCCACAGGUGGUCCAGUCUUAAGAAGAGACUGGCUCUCAGUAAGCAGAGGAUAGCUCCACUCAUACAGUCACACAGUGCAGCCAUUAAGAGAGACCUUGAAGUAUUUGGAUCAGAAGCAGAAAGAGAGCAUCAGUCUUUCCUCAGUAGCCCCUGCCUCUCUCAUAACUGUGACCCUCCUGUGGCCCAGGACCUCAUUAAAGAAUAUGUACAGAUAUUACUGGGACUGAGGGCCCAGGCAAAGGACCUCAUGGAGCUACAGGAGCUACUCCAGGCAUCCGUUGUUAACUUUAGCAUAUUAAACCAGUUUGAGGAUGAGCUAACAAACGCUAAUCUCCUCUGGGAAAGACAACACAUGAUUUCAGAGUAUCAUACUAACAUUAAGACUCAGAUCUGGCUCAAUGUUGAUUUCUCUGAUAUGAAGGACACCUGUCGUGAGCACACAGAGUUACUGAUGUCACUUGGAGACUGCACUGGAGACUGGGAUGCUAGAACACACUUUCAAGAAGCUGUUUAUGAGAUGCAACAUACAGUACCACUGCUUGAGGGUCUCUCCAAUAAACACAUGAGGCCACGUCAUUGGAAGCAAGUUCUCCGUUACUCCAACAAUCACUCACUGAUACUCUUACUGAUGAAGAAUGGGACACUGGACAUGAAUGUCCUGAGACACAUGACUGUAGGACGAUUCAUGGAACUCAAACUAUUGAGUUACAGUGCUGAUAUAUUGGGUAUUGUUGAUCGUGCUUCAAAAGAGGUUGCUAUUGAAGAAUUACUUAAAAACCUUGAGGAGGUGUGGCUUAGCAUGCAGUUCCAAUUAAAGCCCUUUUACAGGCUCCAUGGACAUGAACAGGCUGCUUCUGAUAUUGGUGUUGAAGCUGGUCGUAUUUCAGCUCUCUCUCAUACCUCUCCUGUCGUUCGGAAGAGGAGCAUAUCUAGUGGGCGUGUCUCUAUUAUUAGUGCCACACCCACUGUCGCUGUUGAAAGGAUGACUCAUCAUCAUCAUCAACAUGAAGUCGUAAUGCUAUUGGAUGAUGUGGAUAAGAUAUUUGAAGCUCUUGAUCAUUAUCAAACGUCAUUAAAGAGCCUUGAAGGCAGUGUUGCUGCUACCUCAUUCUCUGAAGAGCUCCAGCACUGGCACAAACAGCUUCAAACGGUAGAAGCAGUCCUCAGGGUGUGGCUACAAGUACAGACCCACUGGGUCCAGCUGGAGGAGGUUCUAACCAGCAUUGAGGCAGCACAGCAUCUUCCUUCAACUUAUUUUAAUUUCACAACCAUCAAUAAGGAAUGGAAGCAGCUGUUGAAAUCAACCGCUAAGUCGCCUAAUGUUAUACAGUGCUGCCUGCAAGAAGAUUUGUUGCAGAUGUUAGAGAAGUUUCUGAACACAUUGACCCAAUGCCAGUCAGUGUUGCUCCAGUAUGUACAGUGUAAAUCCUCACGCUGUCCUUGGCUGUACUUCCUAACAUUGGAAGAUGUACUACAGCUAGUCUGCUACAGCUCCAAUCUUCCUGUAUUAUGUAAGGUUAUUCCCAAGCUUUUCCUCCAUUCAACUGGCCUCCUGUUCAGUAAUGAUAUAUCUCUCCUGCCCAUCAUUCGUAGCAGUUCGUUGCUGCCUCGUAUAACCGGACUGACUGGAUAUGGACGAGAGAAAUUAGAGCUAGCAGAAGGUGUUGAUUGUGAUGGUGCUAUUGAGAUUAUACUCAAUCACUUGCUCCACUCAGUGACAGAGACCCUGAAUCAGCAGCUCAUCACGACACUAACACAACAAAAAUCAGCUCCUUCAACUCCGUCACAGUCCUCCACCACCCCAUCCUUAAUAAAGAGACUCUCGUCUGUCUGGCUAAGUUCUUCCAGUCAUCAAAUCCUCCAGCUAGCCACCAUCAUAUUACUAGAAGAAAGGCUCCAGCAAGAGGUAGAGAACACUAAAGGAGGCUCAUUAGAUCCUAGUAGCUUCUUAUCCGAUAUACAAUCAGCCAUACAGACCCUUGAGUCUAUACAUGAAGGGAAAGUAACACAAGAACAUGAUCCUAAAUUAGGUUUCACCGACUCCAAUAAAGGCAUUGGACAACUAGCAAAUAAUUCUGCAGAGAAUGAAGAGGAAGAUGCAGGUUGGAGUGAUACACAGUUAGACUUGAAGAGUGAGCCAGUAGCCAUUGGCAUACAUAAAAUCCUAUAUCAUAACUUGAUGCUGAUUCUACUAACAUACAGGCAAAGAGCUAAAGCUCUUUCUACUGAACCACAUCCUUCAUCAUCGUUCCAAUGGCUGUCCUCUCUUCAUUAUUCUCAUGAUGCUACUCAGCGUUCUUGUGUAUUAAGUACUAUUGGGGCAUCUCUUAAUUACGGUUUUCAUUAUAGUGGAGGGUAUCCCAUAGCUUUGACCACACCUACUGAGAGCAUGGCCGUUCAUAUGGUGAAAGUGAUGAGCCAGCAAGUUUGCGGUGUCAUAACUAAUGAUACAAAAUCUGAUUCAGUUAGUACAGUGUCCAUUGCUUGUGGGUAUCCGUUAUUUCCUUUGCAGUGCUCCAACACAACAUCCAAUGAUACUUUGAUGAACUGCUUUAAAGGAAUAGCAUCAACAGGUUCAUGGCUGUAUCUCUCCAAUCUCCAUUCCCUCCCUGUGUCACUGAUCCAGUUAUCUGUUCAGCUUAUGACUGCCAUCAGAGAAGCCAAGAUAAAGAGGAGUAGGAUUGUCAAGUUCCCUGGGGAGAGCCUAAAGGCAUAUAAACUUGAUACCAGCUUCUGUAUUGCUAGCACAACCCUCUCUUCCACCUUCCCUUCUCUUCUCUCCUCAUCAGUCUUCUCUGUUUUCAAGACCUAUAGCAUACAAGAGGCACCUCCUUCAGUGACAUACGAAGCUCUUUUUAUAAGCAAUGGAUUCGUUUCAGCCGUUUCCCCUCUCUCCCUUUUUCUCUCGCGCUACACGGCUGAAAACAACAUCAAUAAAACCGACGCCUGUGCUUUAAUUUCUCUCUCCAGUCAACACAUAAAGGAUUAUCAUCAUCAUUACGGUGGUAGUCAUUACCAGCAGUCAUUUGAGCCAUACUUGUCCCUCAGCCCGCCUCCACCCACCACUCUCUCUAGCAGUGUAGCCAGCUCUGUCAUUCUCUCUCACCUCACUCAAUCCUCUCACGAUUCACUCGCUACCUCAAGACAAGGUGGCCCUGCUCUACCCGUCCUUGUCGAAGAAGAUGAAGAAAAUGAAGACGAUGUUGAUCUAAGAGAGGAAAGUAGCGAUAGUCUAUUGCAGAAGCUAGAGCUAUUGUCUGUUCUUGUCUCAAUAUGGGAGCUACAGUUACCACUCCCUCCUGCUGCAUUGCAGUCAAUGCAGGAGUAUUUCAGUGAUAUCAAUGUAUCUGAGGUAUUGGAGGAGCUAGAUAAGGGACAGGCUGAGAUUGUUAGUGUGUAUGCUUGGAGUCGGGAGGCAGUUGAAUCAGCUCAGGAAUCAAGAGCAGCUAGUGCCAUGUUAUCUACUAGAGGAAGAAAUACAAACUUGCACAAUCUUGAGUCGGCCAUACUCCAAGCCUGCCUUGUUAAAGGUCUCGUACCAUCACAGCAUUUACUGAAAUCAGUCCACACGCUAGUUCAACUGAUCCUGUUAAACAGAGUGGUUAGAGUCAUUGGUAACUGGGAGGCAGGUAGAAGAGAGGUCAUUGAAUUAGCCAUUGAAGUUAUAAAGAGCACUGGGUAUACACUGAGCAACACUUCACUGCCCACUGAUGCUAUAUACACUGGGGGACUGCUGGGAGAGAAAGAUGUACCAGGAGUGUUGCCUCAGUUAUUGAACAGGCUCUCACCAUCAAGCACUAACAGUAUACAGUUGAUCCUGCUAGAGGAAGGCUCAGGGCCUCUCUGUGAGACAGAGGAAGGGCUCAGCCCUUGCUUACAGUGGAUAUGCAAUGAGAAUGAGACAUUACUCUACUUUACUAAUAAUGCAUCUACUCUAUUGGACCCUUCAGUCAAAUUUAUACUAACAUGUCCCAGUACUGGAGAUGUCAGUAGGUAUCUACCAACCCUCUCCUUGACUCAUGACUGCUGCAUAUCAUGGGAGCACAGAGUAAAGACUUCAUUCCUUCCGUUAGAUAGAGACAUACAGAAACACCUCACCCUGCUCUCUCAGCAGCACAUUCCAGGACUAAUAGACCUCAUGUAUAAUAGCACCAGUGAUAGUGACAGCACUGCUGUGUAUAGUUAUGUCUCAUUAAGUGUUCACCAACUGGUUUCUUCAUUGUGUAAUGUAUUGAAGUGUCUUUUAUCUGAUGUCACAGCAUCAGUUUCUUCUUCCUCUGUCGAAAGAGUCUUUGCAUAUGCCCUUAUAUGGACGUUUGGAAGUACCAUGACGAGCGACGGCAGGAGAGUUUUUGAGGUUUGGCUGAGGGAGAGUUUCCCAGAGUCCCUCACUUCACUAGACGAAAGUCUCUGGCACUAUAAACUGAUACCAGCGUCUCUUAACUUUGACUUAUGCAGAGCAGAGAGUACCAGUGGCUAUGUGUACUGUCCUAAACGCAAGGCACUCUCUGAGUUCAUCCAAUUAUUAUACACUAAGAACAUUCACCUGGUACUUGAUGGAGUGUGUGGUAGUGGCAAGACUGCAUUCCUUGUUGACACCAUCACUGCAUCAAAGAGAGGAGCCAGCACUAAUAGCAGUAAUGCUUCCGGCUCCAGUAGCAAUAGCAACGACCCCAUGUACUCCUUCAUGCAUACUCAUGUCAAUCAGCUAUCAAGUCCGGCCACUUUUUGGUCUCAGCUCCAAGAGAAUCUUGUUUGGCACUCGGGGAGGACUUACUUACCGCAAAGCAGCGAUAAAGUAGUCAUAUUGGUGGAUGACAUUCACUUGAGCCAAGUAUCUCAUUCAGGCUCAUUACUCUCACUAAUAGUCAAUCACAUAUCAACUGGUACCAUAUUGGCUCCUCCGUCAUACAAAGAGCACAAUGUUGGUGGCAUUACUUACAUACUCUCAACUGACAGCACUCAAUGUGGGCUUGAUCCUGAGACCAUUAGUAAUAUAUUGUAUCUACACUGGGAGGAGUACAGUGAGGAAGAGUUGGUGUUUAUAUACAGUGCACUACUGGGGAAAUAUUUCACUGGAUUGUCCUACAGUCUACUAACACAGCUAGUAGAGACAUCAGUUCAGAUACACACUAAACUGCAGACUACAUUCAUUGAUAAUAAAGACAGGAAGCACUACACUUUUACCAGCACUGUACUGGAUGCUACACUGAGGUCUUUAACUCUUCGUUGUGAUAGAGACAUAUCUCCAAUUGAUCUCCUCCAGUGCUGGCUCAGUGAGAAGUAUUGGCACUAUGCAGCCCAGUUGACCACCACUGUGGAUAGGGAGAGAUACCAGGAGUGUGUAGACAAUGCAUUGAAGAAAUACUUCAGUGAAUCUCCAUUGCUUCCUACAUUAUUGCAAUACUCUCCUUUAUCCUUUGGCAUUGGUAAAAAACAAAUGGAAGACAAGCUCAUCUCAUUGCAACAAGAGCUUGAUGCGCUAAGCCCCACACCACCUCUCUCUCUCUACGAUUUCACCCUCACCCUCUCCCUCCAUCUCUCUCACCUCUUAGAAGAACAGAGGCCUCUAUCAUCUAUACUGCUAAUAGGAAUGGGGCACAUUGAGCACCUCUUGCUACUCAUAACAGCAUCACUUGGUUAUUCACUGCAAAGACCUUCACAGAUACAGAUCAGUAACACAACUAGCACUGCUCCUACUGGAGCCACUCAUGUUAUAGGAGAAGAAGGGAUCAGCAUUAGUCCUAGUAUAUGCUUUCAGUCUGAUGGUGACAUAGGAGCAUUCAGAGCUGCUUUAAAGAGCAUUUAUACUAAUGCUGGAGUGAAGAAUGAGCGUGUUGUGAUCUUUCUUGAUGACCAGGAGCUCCUCCAUCCUUCUUGCAUUUCUCUUGUGUACGAAUUUGUCAAGGAUUGCUCGAUAAAUAUGGACUUCAAUCCGGAGGAGAGAUCACGCAUUGUCAAUUCAUUGAGAUCUGAAGUGACAAGGAAUGGCUCUGAAUACUCUGAACAGAAAGCAUGGAUCUUUUUUAUAAAUCGACUGAAGACUAAUGUGAGACUGGUUCUAUCUCUCCCUGACUUGGAGCUAGCGAGUAACUGUGGACUCCUGGGAAUGAAGAACCUAUUGUCAGUCAUUGAAGUGUGUUAUGAACUACCUUGGGACAGAAAGAAAUUACUACAUGUGGCAAACUAUCACUUGAAAAAUUGUGUUCUUCCCAAGACCUUGCAGGAGAGCACAGCUCACCUCUUGACUUCCCUUCACAUGUUGCUAAGGAAUACAACAGCAGACACUGAUCCUGUUAGCUCAUAUUCAUCCCAUUAUACUGCUAACCCCAUCACUGUCUGCUGCUGCUGGAACAACAAGUUUGAGUUCUUCUCUGAAAGGUUUUGCCAUGAGUUGGAGGAAUGGUGGAGAAAGCUAAGCAGUGAGUGUCACAAACUGGACACAGCUAUUGAAGCUUUUUCAAAAACUCAGAGGAAGCUCCUCUCAUUAAAAGAAAGACUCAUCAGAGAAGAGAUAGUUUUAGAAGAAAAAGGAAAAAGUUAUGCUCAGUUGCUGGUUCAGAUAGGCCAAGACACAGCCAUUGCUAAAGAGCAAUUGAAACUGGUCUAUAAGCAAUCAGAGAGGAUUGAACACCUGCAAAAGGUUCUGCCAGAGUAUGAGCAUGUAUAUUCACUGUAUGUUGAAGACUUGGAGCGAAUUGAGCAUGAAACGAAAGAAAUUGCUCUCAAUUUGGACCAGAAGAGCCUACUAGUGCUUCGCUCGCUUCACAAGCCUCCACUUGAUAUUCAAGAAUUACUAGAGGCUGUCAUUAUUAUCAUAAAAUCCCCUGGGUCUGACCUCUCCUGGACAAAAGGGGCCAAGAGGCUAAUGGCUAACAUUGAUCGAUUCAAAGAGAUGAUGAUGGAGUUCUCACAGCACAGAGAAGCAUCAGGCCCGCUGUUAGAGUCACUACAGUUGUAUAUUUCAAGACCAGGAUUCAACGAGGAGACUUUUAGCAAGCUUUACUUAGCCGCUGGGCAACUUUGCUCUUGGGUCAAAGGAGUAGAGAAUUUCCACAGGAUGCUUCAGGACAACAUUCGUAGACUUGAAUACAGAAAGUCACAAGUGAAGGUAUCACUCCAGGAGUAUACUGAGAAACUAACUCAAUUGAAUCAUAAAGUUCAAGUGCUUGAUGAGAGGCUGGAAGGUUUGAGUAGCUCCUUAGAGCAGGCCUCCAUUGAGAAGACUUAUCAGAAUGAGAUUGUGAUGGAAAUGGGCAAAGAACUUGAAAAAACAACACAAUUUAUUGAGUCACUGUCUUCCCAUUACAAUGAAUGGAACACAGUCCGUGAUAAUCUAUCAGGAGCACUCACCAGUCAAAUAGGCCAACUGGCCCUCACCACAUGCUACACCUCAUACCUUACAUCACUGGACCCACAGCAAGCACUAAACAUUGUCACUCAUCACGUCAAACCCAGUAUACUAGACAAAGGAUUCACUCUAUCUCCUCAUGGUGGUAUACCACCACUACAAGGGAUUAUAAUGGGAGCAGGAGACUCUGGGUCAAGUAAAAUUGAAGAACAACAGGAGAACACUUCGUCAUCUACUGGAGGAGAAGAGAGAGAGGAAGAAUCAACUCUUAAGUGUACUGGGUAUCAAUAUCAUGAUCUCUUUAAUGACGUACUCCUCAUGUUAAAUCCGAUUCAAUCUCUACAAUCGUUACCGAGUCUUUCCCUCCUUCAUCAUUUGUAUGCUGUACUGGUAGAGCAUGCUUGGAAUCGCUGGACACUUUUAUAUGACCCAGACAACAUAGCCACAUCACUACUGAGUGAUAAAUGGAGCAUUCUGGAUGGACAGGAAUGGUCUGUACCUCUCUUUCACUCAAUAGAGCAAGCACUAGUUGAGGGCCUUUGGAUUGUUCUUAAGAAUAUUUCAUUGCCAUUUCAUUCUUCGUUAAUACCCAUUCUAGAGUCAGGCCUGUACUGGCAAAAAACUGAUAAAAGAGAUAUCUCAUUGGAUUUCUGUGGUAGACGUAUUCACGUAAACAAGUCAUUCCGACUGAUACUGACCCUCUCUUCUCUCCCUCCUCAUCACUCCACUUCUCAAAUCUUCUCUUGUCGCUUUAACUUCAUCAACGCUUCUACCUCGUCCCUUCCCCUAGCACAAGAACUCACUCUACAAGAAGCUCAGAAAGAUGCUAAUUCUGAUGUCUAUUCUCUUGACUCGUACAACACUCUUAUGUCUGCCAUUGCUGAGAGCGAUGAGAAGAGAAGGGAGCUUAGUGAGAGGCUCCUCAGGUGUCUGGGGAGUGUCACUGAUGGUAUUGUUAAUUGUUAUAUUGUCAGUCAGGUUGAGGAUGUCAUGAAGAGCUAUAAGGAGUUGCAGGAGUCUUUUGGUUUUCAUUGCCAGUCUGCAGAGACUUAUUCUGUAUCUCUAAUGAACACUGCCAGCUCUGUUUGUCUCUUUUCUUCUUUGGUCUUCAGUUUCCUUCAAUGGCUAUCGAAGGCUACCCCUAACUUCCUCGUAACUUGGAGCAGAUACCAAUCGAUAUUCUGUCAAGCUUUGCUACAGUCAAACCUCAUGAAGACUCAAGAGGUCAAAGGAGAAGCAGAGGAGAAAAGACAAGCAUCAGCAUCAACUCAGUUUAGGCAACUCCUCGUGAAAUCUGUCCUCAUCAUACUAUCAAGAUGUUUUGAUGAUACUCAGUUAUACCCAUUAGCCUACUGCUUGUACAUUCUAUCAUUCCUUGACUCUUAUACUGAUGUCAGUGUAGCUCAAGUCGAAUAUAUUCUCCUUAGUGUGGGUCAAGAGAACUAUUGGACUGAUUUCCUUAACGAAAGCCCUCCAUUUCAGCUCUCUCCUGUACCAGAAGGAAUAUCAGAGACUAUCAUGCUACAGCUUUACUCUCUUCCUCUCUUUCCAUCAUUUAUGGAGUCAGUUCAUCAGUCAAUGGUUGAGCAACCUGAUGAAUGGAAGGCAUUGAUAAAGAACAGCUCAGUCCUUCCUCCCAUCUCUUCCAUACCAGUGCUAAGAGCUUCUUCUACUGAAAAGGAGUCAACCCUGUAUACACUGAAUGACUUGGUACUUAUGAGUAUUUUAACACCAGAUGGAGUUUGUUCUUAUAUUGAAAAUGAAAUGAGUGGCCUAAUGGACUCUUUACCUGUACCACUGCUGAGUGAUGUACUAAAGAGUGAAGACAGCACUUCUAUGGUGUUGCUCUAUGAUGAAAAUAACUUGGUCUCACAGGCUAAUGUAAUCCUCCUCAAUGAACACUUCAGAAAGGGUCAAAGUGGAGUUGAUGGUCAAUCACUGCUGACAGUAUCUGUUAGUUUAGAAUCAGAGUCAAGCACCAGUUCCAUUGACUGUGUCAUACUCCAGGACAUUCAUCUACUAGGAAUGGAAGCACUGGCUUUAAAACUACAAAAAGAAACUCGAAGAGUCAUAACGACCAUGGAUCACAGGUAUAGCAUGCCAGUACAGUUACUAGCUCAGUGUCAAGUUCUCUCUCUCUCUCGUGUUGCUCCCACGACUCAAUUCCAAAAACAAAAAUCACUCCUACCUCAGUUGAGCUCUCAGAGUAACGAAGUGCCCAAAUACCUUUACACACUCCUUGCUGUAGUCUCCUGCAUUCCACAGCAUCUCUUGGAAGAACUGGAUAAAGUAGUACCUCAAAAGAAGCGAAAGCUUGUCUUCCUAUUGUGUGCUUUUCAUACACACUGCUAUUGCAGCUUCUUCCCUGCAGCACAGCUUCAUAACCUGGUGUAUGCACUGUCCCAGCUAUCAAAGGAUGAGUCUGAUAUUGAUGUACUCUUGCAGUCAAUGAGUGAUCUUUUACUCAAUCUUUAUUUCAGUUCACCUUCAAGCAGUACCUCUCUUAGGCAGGCAGACAGUCUGUCAUCAGCAUAG